GUAAUAAAAUCUAUUUCGCAGCAGUUCAAUUAGAAUGUAAAAACGAGAGAAGUGAAAAGUUCACUUAAUUGUAUAAAUAUUUAGUUGUAAGGUGCAGAAAAAUGAGUAACCAGUUCAAGGUACCUAGUUUACCGAAAAACGAAAGGCGAUUUCCGUGGCAUAAUGCCGCAGCUUAUCGUGGCGGUGCAGGACAUAUUGCCCGCUUGGAAACCCCAAGAAAUACUAAUGCUCCUCAGCUCAGUGCAAAAGAAACCAAUAGCGCUGAAAAGAAGCUGAUGGACAUGGACGAAACGCUGCUAAAUGCCGUUGAUUUAGCAGCGAUUGAACAGACGGACAGAUCCCUUGCAACAAAGGGUGUUAAUAAGAAACAUUUGAAUGGACUUCGUCCUCGCUCGCCUGCUGUGUCAUCACCAAGAAGAAAAAAGCCCAAAAAUAUUGACAACAUGCUCGUGUUAGAUAUGAGCCAGAAGAAAACUAAUAAGAAGUCGCACUCUCUCGAGUCGGACAUUUCUCGGUUGAAACAACAAACUAAUGAUCGAUGUUCAACACAAGUUCGGCAAUCGGAAACUUUCCCUCCACAGAACGGAAAAGUUCCGCUUUUAGCGCCUUCACGGCUGUCCGCCGUUGCCGGUCCGUCUCGACUUGAGCCCAACUUUUUUAAUGCUCAAACCGCCCGAAAGGAGCCCACCGUUGAUAUGUUUGCUUUUGACUCGCAGUUGUUCGAUUCGGAAAUCGACCGAAUUAACAAUGAGGCCCCGAAGAUGCCGGUAGAAGCCAAUGAAGUAGACGAUGAUGAACCGUUUCCCUGCUAUCAGCAACCUGAUGCUAACUGCAGUCAGCUGUUUAUGGAGGAAGUGGACCGAAUGGGCAAGAUGGCACUUACCAACGUGGGAACACAGCUGAAAUCGAAUGAAACCUUUUCGAUAGUGAAAAAUAACUUGCUCUGUUCGCAGUACAUUCGCUUGGAGCGAUCGAUGCAGGAGGAAAACCAAGCAAAUGUGGUGGACGAUGAGGUGAACACCCAGCUGGCUAGGGAGUUCGAUUCCAGUCAGCAGCGAAGGGAUAUCGAAAGUGUGUAUCGGGAGUGUGAACGUACGCUGAUUGACAUAAGUAACGUUCAGUUGGAGGAGGAAGCGCAACCAACGACGUUGGAUGAGGCUAGAGAAGUGGUUGCCAACAUCAACUGGGAGGAAGAUGUGACCCUGGUUGGGAUGAAAAGUCCUGCGCCUUCAAAAGUUGCUGAUGGUAAAGCGCUUUUGAGCAGUAUUUUUAAGAAACGCAACUCACCGGGGUGUUUCGAGCGAGUGGAUUCGCCGAAGAGGACGGCUCGAAAGUCCGCUCCGCUAGUUUCAUCCCACUUCCAGGAAAAAGGACCGUUUUUCGGGCUACCCAACAAGGUUAAGUCGCUUCUACGAACGUACAAAGGAAUUGAGGAGAUGUACGAUUGGCAAAAGGAAUGUCUCGGGCUGCCGGCAAUUGUGGAGCGAACAAAUUUGAUUUAUGCGCUCCCCACCAGCGGCGGUAAAACUUUGGUAGCAGAGAUUCUGAUGUUUCGAGAGGUGAUGCUGCGGCAGAAGAAUGCCAUGUUCAUUGUUCCGUUCGUUUCGUUGGCCCAGGAAAAGAUUGCCUCGUUGUCCCCAUUUGCCGUAUCUUUGGACUUUCUGGUGGAGGAGUAUAGCGGUGGCAAGGGAGCGAUUCCGCCGCGAAAACGAAAGAAGAAACAGUCCAUUUUCGUGUGCACCAUCGAAAAAGCUCUCGUGCUGCUGGACAGCCUUAUUGAAGCGAAGCGAGCGUCGGAGAUUGGUUUGGUGGUUAUCGAUGAGCUGCACAUGAUCGGAGAAGAACGUCGAGGGGCACAUUUGGAGGUUUUGCUAACGAAGAUUCAAGCGAUUGAAGCGGCUAUUCAAGUGGUAGGCAUGAGUGCUACCAUUGGAAAUUUGAGCGAAAUCGCAAAGUUCAUAUCGGCCGAUAUCUACUGUCGGGAUUUCCGUCCGAUCGAGCUGAAAGAGUACGUUAAGUGCGGUAGUGAUCUGCUGGAAAUUAACGCAAAGGCAGAUCGACUGGAGAAUGCCUUCGGUUGCAAGCAGACGCAAACAUUUAGCUACACGGAAGAACAGCGGCGUAUUGACCCGGAUCACAUUAUAGGACUGGUGGUGGAAGUAAUUCCGAGUAGUUCCUGUCUAAUAUUUUGCUCCACCAAGCGUCAGUGCGAGCAGCUUUGUACGCUACUGACCGAGCAUCUGCCACAGGAGCUGCUGAAUUACAAGACAAAGGAAAAGGAAGAGUUGAUCAACAGCCUUAAAAGGGACGGUUCGACGGCCGCCCUAUUACCGGUUGCCUUUCAAUUCGGAAUUGCAUACCACCACUCAGGACUUACGUUCGACGAACGCAAACACAUCGAGGACGCCUAUCGGAUGGGAAUAAUUUCGCUCAUCAUCUGCACUUCGACGCUGGCCGCCGGAGUAAAUCUACCUGCCAAACGAGUCAUAAUCCGAUCACCCUUUAUUGCCACUAGCUUUCUGACGUUGAGUCGCUAUAAGCAGAUGGUCGGUCGUGCUGGACGAGCCGGGCUUGGAGAGCCCGGGGAUAGUAUUUUGAUCUGCUCGCCAAAGGACAUUUCUGCUGUGUGCAAUUUGCUGUGUUCGCCGAUGGACGAAGCGACUUCGUCGCUGCACAUCGAUGAGGGGAUUUAUUUGAAAAAUUUCAUCCUAAGCGCAGUGGGGCUUGGUAUAUGUUCGACCCGGAAUGACAUUCAACGACUUGUAGCGAAGUCUCUACUAGCUAUUCAAGCGGAAAGACUCGAAGUGAAUACACGAAAGUUAACGGAUCGUGCAAUACUUUCAUUGUACAAAGAAAAUGCAAUAAAAGCCAAAAGCGACGGCUGUUCACGCAAUCCAGCUAAUAUGACCAUCAGGAUAGAUGGAACGGAGGAUGAUAGCCUGACUGAGUUGGGUUUGUGUGAAACCAACGGGCCGAACGUUGUGCAGGGCGCUGAGGGAUCCUCUCAGGAGGGUAAGCUAGUCAAAAUGGUGAACAAAAACUCCAGGUUGGAAGUGAAUCGAUUAGGCAAGGCUGCCAUACGAGCGGGCUUCCAUAUGGAAAAGGCGGUGAAGUUUUACGACGAACUGAAGCGAGUCGGUGAGCGGCUGAACGUGCUGGACGAGCUGCACUUACUGUAUGUGAUAGUAAUGGAAGACGGCUCGGAAAUUCGUCCCAGUGACUCGGACUAUGUAGCUUUCUUCAAUCAACUUUCACCCGAAGAGACUAAAAUUGCAAAAAGAUUCCACAUAGGAGACUACACAAUUUCAAAAAUUCUCUGCAGGAGAUUGGUACCGCCCGAAAUCCUACCAACCGUCCGUCGCUACUACCGAGUGUUGAUCGUCUAUGAACUGUGGAACCUAGCAUCGCCGCAACAGGUGGCGCUCAAAUACAAAGUAGAUGCCGGUUCCAUACAGACGCUGAUGGUUAACGUUGCCUCUACGGCGUCCAGUUUGCAGCGAAUGUGCGAAGAGCUACCGGAGCUGUGGGCAUUUCGGCUACUGCUGACGACACUGGUGCAGCGGCUUUCGCACUGUUGCACCGCCGAACUGAUCCCGUUGAUGGAGCUACCUGGUGUAAAAAUUGGACGCGCUCGACAGCUGUUUCGAGCAGGAUUCACUUCCUUGACUUCGAUUGCCAAUGCGAAGUCCCGGGAUUUAGUGGAACUGAUCGAAUAUAUGACUUAUCGGGCAGCUAACCAGUUAAUUUUAAGUGCAAAGGCCAAACUGAUGGAGGAGCUUGAAGUACUAAAGGACAGAAUGGAAGAGUUGGCAGCGAUUCGGGAUACGUAAAAUCAUAUGCAAAUCCUGUGCGGGUUUUUGAUAGCCGCCAGCAGAAGUCAAGUUUUACAGAUUUUCAAUUGCAUUUUAAGAGUUAUGAUUUUUUUUCCU